GUUUUGAUUUGUUAGUGGUUAUUCUCAAUCCAACUUUGACUGAUUUUGUUCUUUUGAUUGACGACUGAUGGUUGUCAGAAGGGCAAAACACAAUCCUAAAUCAAGUUGUGAAUACAAAGUAGCUACAAGAACAGCAAUCGCUCAUUCUGACAUAUGUUAACUCCAGAGGAGUCUAAGUAAUAGCCGUUUCCUUGAUGAUUUAAACAGCACUCCAGCGACCCUUCCCUUCCAAAACGGGCACACCUUCAACUGAUGACCUCCUCCUUCUUGCUUUCGAGUUGGGUUCAUCGUGGAAGAUGCUGGGUCGGACGCUCUCUCUUCCUGAAGCAGUGCUGGAGCAAAUUGAGGAAGACAACCCCAAGCUGAAUGAAAAAUGUUGCAGAGUGCUCAUAAAAUGGACUGAGGUGUUUGGCCCUUCAGCUACGUACGAGUCUCUGGCAAAAGCUUUGCAGCACCCUGCAGUGGGUCGAGGUGCGCUUGCUGUCAAAUACUGCGACGUCCCUGGAGAUGUUUACACAGGUAAAUAAAAUCAGUCGAACAAAUCUUUCAGAUAAAUAAUUUACCGAUUUUUAAGCCUUAAUCGAGAAAUAUGCUUCAGAAAUCUCCGCCAUGGUUCACAAACAACCACCACUUGAUUGUCAGCCUUUCUGUCAAAAUCAUUGAGAACUGAAGUCUGUCACGUCACUGGCAAGCUGUCAGACUGCUGAGCCUUAUUUAAAAAUGGCGGCGUCUGUAAUAGACGUUUUGGCUUUGGGUGUCUCGUAGAAUCGCGAUCGGCAGCCCGUUACGUAAUCGUAUUUGUACGUUUAUGCAGGGAUAAAAAGAACUUAAUGGUUUGUGGAGCUUACGCCGCAUUUACAAUAAUUCCCUUUCGCUCUACUGCCUUUUGAUUUAGAAAUUGACAUUUUUUUUUAACUGAACAGGCACAGAAGCUUCACCUAUCUCGUGCAAAAUCGUAGAUGAUUUGAGGUGGAGUUGCCCAGUUUUUCUGUCUUACCAGUGGGAUUUGCAAGAGACGGUGAAGGGACUAAAGAAUAGAAUUGAGGAGAAUGGGAUUCAGUGUUGGAUGGACAUUGGGCAGAUGGGAGGAGGCGAUGCUUUGUUUGCCAAGAUAGAUGCUGGUAUUCGAGCGUGCAAGGUGAGCGGUAGGAUCAGAAUAGCGUUAAUAAGUCCCAGCCGUGAUAUAAGGGAAUUUCUUUACCUUCAUAUUUGAACGACUUACGUCCUUUUUAAACCGAUCGAAUAUGCAAUUCUUUCUUUCUUGCAAAUGUUUCCUUUUUUUUUUUUGUCUCAAAGUGAUUCGUCUUAGGUUUUUGAGCAGUCUUCUUGCAUUCGUUCAUUGACAGGUCUUCGUAUGCUGUGUAACGAAAAGGUAUUGCCAAUCUGACGCCUGUCAAAGGGAGGCUACUCUUGCUUGUAACUUGAAAAAGCCCAUCAUACCUCUGCUGUUCGAGAAUAUGUCCUGGCCGCCUGAGGGUCAACUGGCUUUGAUCUUUACCACGCUUCUUUACAUAAAGAUGAGCGUAGAACAUGAAGAGUUUCCUGAUACGCAGUUUCAGGAGAUGAUGAGAAAAGUGGGAGAGUUCGUUCAAACUUGAAAAAGCUCAUUAUGCCGUCAAGAAGAAUAUUUCAUGAAUUUCGGAAGGAUUAACUUUAUCUAAAGUGUUUUACAUUUGGUAGGUGAUUGGAAGUCCCAACAUCAUUAAUUGUGACCUAUUCUCCUAAUUAACACCACCUGCAAUGAUUCGAAUUUUACGGGCACAAUACUUGCAGAUAUUCUUAAUCGUCCUAAAUUAAGUGGCACCAGUGCUAAGCAGAUUAAUUUUCUUGUUUGUAUCGUUUAUUUACGCGCAGAUUCUAUGGAGAACUGAUGCUGAAUUCUCCUUAUUGCGUUUCGACUAGUCUCACUAUUAUACACACGACAAAGGCAGCGCUUACAGUUCAUCACCAAGAGAGUUCUUCUGCCAAAUUGCUCAAGAUUAUAGUGAUUACAAUGAGGAAAUGCCAUAUUUGAAAAUGUGAUUGGAAGGCUUAGUCGCGCCACUAUGAGAUUUGAGAGAAACGUCAACUUUGAAACUCUUUACGGAGGCCAAAUUACACUAUCAAACCAGUUGAUAAAACGAAAUAAUCCUGUUUCACAGUUUCUUUAGAGACUUACCCCUUAAUUCUGAAUCGUUUUGAUUCCAAGUUUCACAACUGUAAGUCGAAUAUUCUCCCGGUUUAAGAAACGGUAUUACUUAAAUCAAAGUGACACUGGCGAAUUUAUGGAUACAUUGUGCAGAAUACAACUAGGACAUACAGUAAUUGUACUAAAAGAGAGUGAUCUUCAAAUUACAAGCAGCAGCAUUCAACCUCUUAAAUAUAAAGAGGGUUUGGGCAGUCAAAGCGUUAGUAUUCGGAAUGACGAAAUUGAAAAAUUAUUAUAUCCUUUACUGUAGCUUUAUUUUUCUUGAAUUUUAUUUUUGUUACUCAUGUUUACUUAAGGUUUUAAUGGUAAUUUUAAUUGUCAUAUACGGAUAUAGAUUCAUAUACGGAUAUAGAUUGAGCGAUAUAUAUCACUACAUCACAUUAAAGUGACCAAACAAAACUU